AUGCCAUCCACAGAGGUUUCCAACAAAGCUCUUGAUGAUGCUGCCGCUCGAGUGCAAGAACUCGUGGCUCAAGCUGUGGAGUGGAAAGAUGGCCACAGCGGCCAUCUCAGAAUGGCGAUGGACCUUGCAAAAAUAUUGUCGCCGGUAUUUGAACAACAUGGACGAUCGGCGAGCAUGAUUCCGCCGCUUUUGCUAUCGGCGGCGAUGGAGUUGCAUCAUCAUGUGGACCCAACCACUUGCCAAUCCUUUCUAAGCCCGCCCAAGGCUCUCACAUUCAUAGGAACCUCUAACCCAUCUGUGUCAUCACAUCCACCGAUGCAAACGGCCACGCACAUGAUUGCAAAUGCACCGGCGGAACCACUGGUGGCGCCUAAAUCCAAACCAAAGGCAAAGGCAAAGCGCAAGAAGACAUUGACAGUAGUUGAUAGUUCUGACAGUGAUGGGAUUGAAAUUAUUGAGCAUGUAGUCGCCACUAAUGACAUUGGACCGGACAAUCGCAGAGGGAAGGGAACGCAGACCGCCCUGCCCGAAGAUGUCGAUGGGGACACGCCGGUGGAGAUUGUGCAAGCCAAUACCGUGACCGGUAGGCAACGGCCAAUGCCAAGGAGAAAGCAAACACAACCAACCGGCAGCCAUGACACGAAAUCUGUUGUAAUGGAUCGAAAGGGUAAGGGGAAAGAGGUCCCUCCUCCGGUGGAUAUUAUGGACGGCGAUGGUAUUGCACCUUUAAAGAGCAAACGAUCUAGGGAAUCGAGUUGGAAUGAGCAGCUCACUGGGCGCACGCCAUCGGCCACCCGCCCGCCAGUGUCCGCUUACACCGGCGAUCAACGCAAGCCCUGGUUUGAACAACCUCAUCCUUUGCCGGCCACUGUUGAUCGCAAACUCAACAUAGGCAAGCAGCACAAGAGUAGCCAUCGGCGCACUCCAUCAAUGGAGUGCACCGAAGAUCCAUCGCCAGAAGCGACCGCUGAUGUUGCCAAUGAGUUGGUUGUUCCAACGAAGAGCAUCAACAUGAAUAUGGCGAGCUCACAAAAUGCUGUCCCCAGGAGGCUGUCUUUACCCCCUAUUACCGCUGUCUCCGCAGGUUCGCCUCCAUUGUUAGAAUCAUCCCCGGCAGUGAUGCACCCUUCAAUCCCGCCGCCACGGCAUAUGCAACUGCCGCCAUCUCACACACAGCAUAUGGAUAUUGAUGUGCCGGCCGAUACCGUGGUAAAGGACUUGCAGGCAAUGACACUCGAGGUCGGACAAGACUCUGCAUCAGUCUUGAAGGGUCACGAAGAAAUGUAUAAUACCAUCCAUGACCUUCGCAAUCAGGUCGUCGAACUCCGUGCUCGGAAUGCUGCCGCCGCCGAGUCCCUUGAGGUGUUGAAUAUUCGUGUCGCCGCUCAAGAUGUCGAGAUGCGCAGUAUAGAGACACUUCAUGCCGAUGUCGCCGUGCUGCAGGAGCAAGUUCGCGCUUUGCAUGAGGAAUCUCGGACACACGAGAAUCAACUCCGCGCAGCCGAUGUUAAAUUGGCAUCUCAGGGCAGUACCACCGCUGUUUUGCAAGAUGCCUAUGAGGCCCUUCGGCAAUGUUUGAUCCCCACUCCGUCCAUACCUCCUCAUUACAAUAACGCUGUCUUUUUUCCUCCUUCCCACCAGCACCAGCAUCCCUAUAAUCAGGGCCUUAGUGUUGGCCAGGCGCAGGCCAUGGAAAGGAUGUACUUCAACUUCACCCCAGGACCAUCUACGGCCGCCGGCCCAUCGGCCGGCACACUUUCGGCGGGUGUGAGUUUACCGGGCACCAUGCAUGCACUCUCAGGUCCCUCCACAGUUGCAGGCCCAUCUCUCACUUCUGGGAUGCAUGCACCCUCAGGGCCUUCCGGUAGUCAUGUCACAAGGAGUUCUCAAAGCACAGGGAAUCUUGGUGAAUCGGCCUCCGCAUUUCGGCGCAAUUAG